AUCAGCCUCUGACCUCAGUCCUCCUCUCCUCACCAGCCCCUCCCCCACCCUGGCCUCUGGAACCUCAGCUUUAGAGGAAAGAGCCAGUUUUCAGAGGGAUCACCUCGGCCACACUACCUCCACCUGCCCAGCCUGUGGAAGAUUAGCGACCAUGUUUUCCAGUGGGAUAGGAACUGCGGCCGCUGGAAGAAGGAAUGUGUGUCUUCUCUCCUUGCUGCUCCUUGGCCUCUGGGGCUGUGUGACCUGUCACUGGAGCCCUGUGGAGGACAUCUGCACAGCUAAGCCGCGGGACAUCCCUGUGAAUCCCAUGUGCAUUUACCGAACCCCAGAGAAGAAGGCCCCUGAGGAGGAGGGCUCAGACCAGAAGAUCCCCGAGGCCACCAACCGGCGGGUCUGGGAACUGUCCAAGGCCAAUUCCCGCUUUGCCACUGCCUUCUAUCAGCAUCUGGCGGACUCCAAGAAUGCAAAUGACAACAUUUUCCUGUCGCCCCUGAGUAUCUCCACAGCUUUUGCUAUGACCAAGCUGGGAGCCUGUGACAACACCCUCAAGGAGCUGAUGGAGGUUUUUAAGUUUGAUACUAUCUCCGAGAAAACAUCGGACCAGAUCCACUUCUUCUUUGCCAAACUGAACUGCCGCCUCUAUCGGAAAGCCAACAAAUCCUCUGAGUUGGUAUCAGCCAAUCGCCUCUUUGGAGACAAAUCUCUUACUUUCAAUGAAACCUACCAGGACAUCAGUGAGGUGGUAUAUGGAGCCAAGCUCCAGCCCCUGGACUUCAAGGAAAAUCCAGAGCCAUCCAGAGUGACCAUCAACGAGUGGAUAUCCAAUAAGACCGAAGGACGUAUCACUGAUGUCAUUCCCCAGGAUGCUAUUAACGAGUUCACUGUCCUGGUGCUGGUUAACACCAUUUACUUCAAGGGCCUAUGGAAGUCCAAGUUCAGCUCUGAGAACACAAGGUUAGAACCUUUCUUCAAGGCCGAUGGGCAGUCGUGCUCGGCAUCCAUGAUGUACCAAGAGGGCAAGUUCCGCUAUCGGCGCGUGGCAGAAGGCACCCAGGUGCUCGAGUUGCCUUUCAAGGGUGAUGACAUCACCAUGGUGCUCAUCCUGCCCCAGCGUGAGAAGAGCCUGGCCAAGGUGGAGAAGGAGCUCAGCCCGGAGCUGCUGCAGGAGUGGCUGGAUGAGCUGGCGGAGACAAUGCUGGUGGUCCACAUGCCCCGCUUCCGCAUCGAGGACAGCUUCAGUGUGAAGGAGAAGCUGCAGGACAUGGGCCUCGUGGACCUGUUCAGUCCGGAGAAAUCCAAGCUCCCGGGUAUUGUUGCCGGAGGCCGUGACGACCUCUUCGUCUCAGACGCAUUCCAUAAGGCAUUUCUUGAGGUGAAUGAGGAAGGCAGUGAAGCAGCAGCUAGUACCGCCAUCGUGAUUGCUGGCCGUUCGCUGAACCCCAACAGGGUGAUCUUCAAGGCCAACAGGCCCUUCCUGGUUCUUAUAAGGGAAGUUGCUCUGAAUACUAUCAUCUUCAUGGGCAGAGUAGCCAGCCCUUGUGUGAACUAGAGGGUUCUUAUUCCUUGCACCUCCUCCUAUUUGGUUUGUGAACAGAGGUAAAAAUAAAUACAAUUACUUCCAUCUCACCAGUAUGAAUGGACAUUGCCACCUGAAAUACAGACAAGGAAGGGAGAAACUGC